CGCGCAGAUGACUGCGCAAAUGACGGCUAAGCCAGAUCACCUCUGCGUGCUCGUCCACGGUCUUUGGGGCAGCCCUCAUCAUCUCAAGUUCCUCGCCGACUCCCUGCGCGACAAGCACCCCGAAGAUAAGCUCCACAUCCUCGUCGUCAAGCGCAACGCCGGCAGCUUCACCUACGAUGGCAUCGAGACGGGCGGAGAGCGAGUCGCCAAUGAGGUCGAGGAGAUGCUGGCAGAGCUGGACCCCAGUGGCCAUGAGAUCAAGAAGUUGAGCGUUGUAGGAUACUCUCUGGGAGGCUUGAUAGCCCGCUACGCCAUCGGCCUACUCUAUUCCAAAGGCCUGUUCGAGCGCAUUGAGCCAGUGAACUUUGUCACCUUCGCAACCCCACAUCUGGGCGUCCGAUCACCGCUACGCGGAUAUCACAACCACGUCUGGAACGUAUUGGGCGCGCGCACGCUCUCCUUCUCAGGGCGUCAACUCUUCAUGAUUGACGAGUUCAGAGACACAGGCAAACCGCUCCUCUCCGUCCUCGCCGCCGCCGACAGCAUCUUCCUCCGCGCCCUCGCCCAAUUCAAGCGUCGCAGCUUAUACGCAAACGUCGUCAACGACCGCACAGUAGCCUAUUACACGGCCGCCUUCUCCCAAACAGACCCAUACGUCGACCCCGACGCCCUCAAAAUAAACUACCUAGAAGGCUACGAGGACGUCAUCAUCGACUCCAAACGCCCGCCCUCGCUCAAAGACGCAGAACCCCCGCAAACCUUCCCCCAGCGCGUCCAAUCCAGCGCCCGCACAGCGCUCGACCGCGCCCCGCUCAUCGCCUUCAUGAUCGUCUUCAUCCCCCUCGGCUCCACGCUCUUCCUGCUCAAUUCCGCCGUCCAAUCCGUCCGCAGCGGCCAGCGCAUUCGCCUCCACGAAGACGGCAAAGCCGGCGCCGACUUCAAUACCUACCGCGUCCCCCUCUUCAACGCCAUGCGCCGCGAAGUCGAAGACAUGUUCGAAAACAUGAACAACACCCAACAGCAAGAAUACCUCGAAGACGGCGACGCCGAAAUCGCCUCCCCGACUCAACCCAUUUCCCCACGCACCCGCAAGCCCUCGUUCCUCUCGCAGAAAUCCCACCACGGCGCCGAUGUCACCGACGUAGAGAAAGCCGCGGCUAUCCACCAAACGACGUCGUCGUCUUCGUUGGCGGACGAUCCUUCACGCGAGGGCCAGAUCGUACAGAUGCAGCAUUCGUUCCCCGCGCUCGCGCUGACGCCCGACCAGUUCAAGAUGAUUGAGAAUCUGGAUAAUGUGGGCUUCGACAAGUUUCCGGUCUUCAUCCACAAGCAUCGGCAUUCGCAUGCCGCUAUUAUACGGCGCAUGGAGAGGAGGGAUUUCAGCGAAGGGUUUGUCGUUGUGAGGCAUUGGCUGGAUCAUUUCGUGCUGUGA